CUCAGAAAGUUGCAGUUUCACUUUAUAUUUGGCAUUCAUCCUUGUAAGACCUAAAAAAUAUUUCGGGAUGAAUAAUCAGUGUGAAAAUAUUGAUUCGGGAUCUCCAGUGGCCAAGGGUGCCACGAAUGACUUAUUUGUUACCGCUCCUUCUAGUGACCACGCGGUAGAAAGUUCAUCAAACGAACGCAUUAGCCCUGGAGGAUCUGGUGAUCAGGCUGAACACCCUAAGCCUGGUAUGCCUGAGUCGAAAGAUACCAAUGGACAUGUACCGAAGAGCGAAGCUUCUAACGAUGGCGAGUCAACCGUUGUGGUGCCAAAAGAUGAUUCUAAUGGUGGUGAAUCCAAAGAUGUCGUACCGAAGAGUGAAGCUUCUAAUGGGCCUACAGUUGUGGUGCCUAAGGAUGAGGAGUCUAACGUUGGUAAAACCAAAGAUGUUGUACCGAAGAGUGAAGCUUCUAACGAUGGUGAGUCUACAGUUGUUGUGUUUGAAGGUGACGAAUCUAACGAUGGUGAUUCUAAAGAUGUUCCUAAGACUGCUGAUCCUAAGACUAGUGGAUCGGAAGGUAGAGACCCCGAAGCAGGGAAACCUACUGCCCAGCCAAGGAACGAGAAUAGAGCUCGCCGCAGACCACUAUCCGAAGAUGGAAAUAACAAUCCGUACUUCCAACCUCCUCCAGCAAAGAGGGCCCGUCGUGAUCUCCCACCGAGAGCUAUCGAACAGCUUUUGAAGAGCCUAGCAGAAGAUACUCCUAAGAAAGAAGAGGCUGCCCAAGGGGAAACCGAUGUAAAUCUCGGUGCUGAAGUUGACAAUAAGGAGAAUGCUCCUCCGAUUGAAGUCGAGCAACGCGUCGUUGCGGAUCAGAAGAGUGAUUAACGCGAACCCUAAAAACCCGAUUAAGGGGUUCGAAACCAACUAUGACAUCUCAGAAUAUUAAAUUCAAUUUAUAUUUAAUACAAAAUAGUUGGUUCCGAAUAAUUCAGAAGACACACAAAAUAAACAUAAAAUAUACACAUAUUAUGAACAUGCAGCGAGGAAAUGAAACUGCGAUGGAGAAGGAGAGCGAUCAAGCCUUUUUUUCUUUUAAUUUAUAUCGGAAUGAAAUAAAAUAAAAAUAUACAAAAUUCUGUACAUAAAAUCUUUCAAUUUUUAAGCAUUUAAAACAAUAUUUUAAAAAAUGAUUGACACGUUUCGCAUUCUACAAACCAUUAAGCAUGUAUUUUGCGAG